UGCAAUCGCUUCUGACCGAGACCGCGCGGCUCCAGGGGCGGCUCGAGUGCCUCCACUCCGCGCCCACGCGCGGCACCGUCGUCGCCCGCGCGUACUUUGCGGCGUUUCGGCACGGCCUCGGCGGCGCCUCUGCCUUUGUCCAAACACGCAUGAGCCCGACGCUGCGCUUUCAAGGCAGCGGGGACCUCGCAGCCUUCGUGGACCAUUGGCGCGACUAUGCGCAGCUCGAGAUGACGGCGCACGCCAUCGAGUCGGCCUUUCUCGACGAGACAAGCGGCGAGCUCUUGCAUUGUACGGGGCAGCUGCGGCUACACCUCGACGCCAAGAGCGUGCGCGAUUUCUUUCCUACCGUGCUGCCAACCAGCGCCGCCUACACUUCGCUCGUGACGGCGACCCUCGAGCUACCGCUGGUCGUGCGCUUGAUCGUCCAAGACGAUGUCGUGACCGCCGUUGACGUCGACGUAAGCUGGACAUCCUGUGUCGUGCGGCGCCUGGCCUCGGCGGCGGAAGCGGCCAAUGUCCUCGUCGACACCGUGCGGCCAUGAGAUGUCACUCUGCCAUUCGCUCUCUUUAUUCAAGCAAUUUGAGCGACACAUCUAGCUUGCGCGAGGAUCCGUCUACUUUAUCCGCGUAUAUACUGUAGUAUCUCCUCUUCUCAGACCG